AUGGUUUUUAUAUUAAUAUUUUUCUCAAUCUUUCCAGGCAAGCUAUACGCGUCGCUCGGCAAGCGCGGCGGCCGCGUCGUCGGCAGCGACCUGCAAAGCGGGUCCGCUUCGUUCCGGGUGCGGGCGCUGCUGCCGGUGGCUGAGAGCUUCAAGUUCGCGCUGGAACUGAGGACUCACACGUCAGGGCUGGCCGCGCCACAGCUGCUGUUCAGCCAUUGGGAGGUAAUAGACAUCGAUCCGUUCUGGCGCCCGCGCACCGAAGAGGAAUACCUUCACUGGGGCGAGAAAUGGGACGGAGUGAACCGAGCCAAGGCUUACAUGGACUCAGUCCGAGCGAGGAAAGGUCUGGCCACCGACAAGCAGCUGGUGCAGCAUGCUGAGAAGCAGAGAACGCUGUCGAAGAAUAAAUAAAAGUAUUUUUAAAAAGUAUACUUAGAGUAGGCGCACACCGUUGAUUUUUAGUUGGCCGAUAGUUG